AUGGCAGAAGAAGCCACUAUCGUCCUAGAGACGCACAUCUACUCGAUCCCAACCGCCGUCCACUCGCCCCCCUGGACCCGCAGCUUCCACCUCCGUCUGGCCCCUUCAACCGCCACGAAGGCUCAGAUCCUCUCCCUCGUCCGCGACUCCAUGACGCGCCUCGGCCGCGCCGACCCCGUUGUCGAGGGCCAGAUCACGCUGUACUGGACCUCUCGGAACGGCCACGUCGUGUCCAUCCCCGGCGGCGGCGGUAUGAACGGAGCCUCCACGGCCAUGGCCACAGUCACGAUGCCCGUGUGGCAGCAGCAGCCUCCCCAGCUCAUGACCUUCAACGUCGGAUACCCCGCGCUCGUCCAGCCGCAGCCGCAGCCUCAGAUGACGAUGGACCCGCCCAUGCCCCUGGCCAUGACAUACUCUGGCGGCGUCAACUACCUCCACUCGUACGGCAACCCCGCUGCGCAGCAGCAGCAGCAGCAGCAGCAGCCCAUGAUGUUUCCGCCUCCGUACGCGGCCAUCGUCCCCGUUGGACAGCAGACUUGGAUCAUGGGAAGUCCUCCCCAGCUCGGCUUCGUCAACGUCAACGUGCCCACCUUCGACACCGGAGGUGGAGGAGGAGGAAUUGGUGCCGGUAGACCCGUGGUUUCGGACGUCGUGAGAGAGGCGCGGUUGGAUGGAAUCGCUGAGGCGGCGCUGGGUGGAAUGCUGGAGUGGGUUUGUGGAUCUACGGGCCUCAAGUUGAUUGUUGUGGUUGAUGCUGAUGGAAGGGAUGUUGUGCCUGUUGUUGUUGCUGCUCCUGCUGCUGUUGUCGCUGAUCAGCCUCUCGUGGCAGCUCCUUCUACUCCUUCGUCUCCUGCGGCUGCUACUCCUGCUACUCCGGCGACUUCUUGA